AUGGAACGACAAACGACAUGCUCGGAGGGAGGAUCGUGCACUUGUGCAAAUGGAACACCGGGACACUGCGAUCAUAAUGGAGUAUGUCAUUGUCAUCACAAGCGACAAGAUACAUGCAAAGAUGCUGGAUCUUGCACUUGUGCAAAUGGAACACCGGGACACUGCGACCAUAAUGGAGUAUGUCAUUGUCAUCACAAACGACAAGAUACAUGCUCGGAUGGUGGGUCUUGCACUUGUGCAAAUGGAACACCAGGACACUGCGACCAUAAUGGAGUAUGUCAUUGUCAUCACAAACGACAAGAUACAUGCUCGGAUGGUGGGUCUUGCACUUGUGCAAAUGGAACACCGGGACACUGCGACCAUAAUGGAGUAUGUCAUUGUCAUCACAAACGACAAGAUACAUGCUCGGAUGGUGGAUCUUGCACUUGUGCAAAUGGAAUACCGGGACACUGCGACCAUAAUGGAGUAUGUCAUUGUCAUCACAAACGACAAGAUACAUGCUCGGAUGGUGGGUCUUGCACUUGUGCAAAUGGAACACCGGGACACUGCGACCAUAAUGGAGUAUGUCAUUGUCAUCACAAACGACAAGAUACAUGCUCGGAUGGUGGGUCUUGCACUUGUGCAAAUGGAACACCGGGACACUGCGACCAUAAUGGAGUAUGUCAUUGUCAUCACAAGAAUAUGAUAGACAAUGCACAUUGUCAACACAAAGGAUGCUACAGCUCAUCACAGAUGCGCAUUGGCCAAUGUUGA